AUGCUCUCUUCCAGCUCCACCUCAGACGACGGAAGUGCUCCAUGCACUUGGCUCACCUCGCCCGAUUCCAAGCAUGACCGCUCAACCGUCUCGCCACGGCGGGACCGACCACCAAGCACCACGCUUCGAGCCGCGUGCAACGACUGCCACCAGGCAAAGGUCAAGUGCAUUUUCGAGGACGGGUCGUCGGUGUGCGUCAGAUGCCGGAAGCGGAGCAAAGACUGCGCGCGCAGCCUCUCGAAGCCGCUCGGUCGGACACGUGGGCCAAGGAAGAAGCCGAAAGAGGGGAGGGUGGGCGGUGCAUCAUCGCCAUCAUGGACCGCGAACGUCUCAGGCACCGGGCCCCAGGCUGUAUCGCCUUCUACGCCGCGCGACGUCAGCAUGGGCUAUGGCAACAACAACAACAACAACAACAGCGCGGUGGGCUGCUACGCAGAUCUCUCUGGCUGUUGCCUCCACAACAACGGUAGCGGGGGCGACAUGGACCCACUGCUUGUGCCGUCCGUCCUCGACGCCACCAUGGAUCUUUGGUUUGACUCUGCAGAGCUGGCCAGCACGCCACUAUUACCCGACGGCGUUAUCGACACCAAAGCCUCCACCACCACAACCACCGAUGCCCGGAUGCAGCGGGAGGACACGGCACAGCAGUCGCCCCUCUCUAAUCCAGAAGCCCCACCAGUCUCGGAUGCCGUCGAAGGCUGCAGCUGCGUCGCCAUGCUGAUGACGACGAUGCGCGGCUUCUUUGGGUCGACGGCGGCGACAACGGCCAGCAGCUCCACAGGCAGCAGCAGCAGCAACAGCAGCAACAACGACAUCAGCAGUCUGACGCGCGCGCCGGACGAGCUGCUCCGGCUGAACGCGGCAGCGCUGGACGUGGCGCGCAGCAGCCUGGCGUGCCGUGGAGCGCACGGAGGGAGAUCCGUCCGGCUGCUGGCACUCUGGCUGGUGCAGGGCGCGCUAUGCAACUGCCGGGAGGCUGCAGCGCAUGCAUCGCGGGCGGGCCAGGCGGCCGAGCAGCAGCAGCAGCAGGCAGUGGUGCGGCUGGGCUCGUACGCGGUGGAUGACGGCGAGGGCGGGCGGCUGAUGGCGCACCGCAUCAUCGCGCUGCAGGUGCGCAAGGCGAUCUUGCCGGUUGUGAGGGCGCUGCGGGACGAUGGCGCUGACGGUGGAGGCCCUGGGCGAGGACGGGGUCUGGAACAGGACGACGACGGGUGUCAGCUCAUAGCGGGGCUGCUCGAUGAGGAGGCGCAUGGCAUGGUGGCCCUGCUUUCUUCCUAG